AUGGAAGAGAAGCCAGGACAGGCCAACCCUCCACCGCCAUCCAAUAUGGAAUCUGCAGAGGUGCAGUCGUCGGAGCUCCGCCGCAAGAACCGCCUCAAACUGGUUGUAUACAUUGCUCUCUUCAUAGUUUUCCAAACCCUAGUCAUAACAGCCUUUGAUUUGAUAGUAAUGCGCAUCAGACUGCCCAAAUACAGAAUUCACUCGAUCAAUAUCGAAAAUCUCAGCGUCAACAACUCCACAAAUUCACCCUCCUUCAGCAUGAAAUUCAACACGCAAAUCACUGUUAAGAACAGAAAUUUUGGGCCAUACAAAUUUGAAAACAGUUAUCUUACAUUCUCGUUCAAGGGAAUUCCUGUCGGAGAGGCAGUAAUUUCAAGGUCAACUGCCAAGUUUUUUUCGACAAAAAAGAUGAAGAUUUCUUUGAACGUUGAUUCUGAAUCUGUAUCGAGAAAUUCGAGUUUAGGUAGGGAGAUUUCUUCCGAGAGAUUGGAAUUUAAUGGGGUUUCCAAUUUGAGAGGACAGGUAGAGUUGCUGAAGGUGCUCAAAAAGAACAAAGCUGCAAAAAUGAAUUGCAGCAUCAUAAUUGAUUUAGCAAAAAAAGUAGUUCAAGAAUUAAGAUGUGACUGA